CCUCUACAGCAUGACCAACACAAUUAGAAAUGAACAUUUGUGGAUUUUACCUUUUAAUAAACGUACAUUUCUUUCAGAACAUAAUUGAGUUCAGACUGAAUAACAGUGUCACAGCUGCAUGAAUACAUAUGCCAUGUACACAGAAUAAGGUCGCGUUUUAUGUGUCACGCGGCUGGUUUGUUUAGGUUUCAUUUCUUGUAAACAUAAGUGUGUUUUUAAAGAUGGCAGGACUAGAGCUGCUCUUUAACUGCGUGUCAAACUCUAUAACCACCUCUCAAGAUGCUUUAAUUUGUUUUGUACACUGGGAAAUAGUGAAAAACGGCUAUAAAUGUCUGGGGACUGGAGAUGAGCCUCGAGAUGGAGAAAAGAAAUCUGAACUGCUUCCCUCCGGCUGGAAUGAGAGCAAGGAGCUCUACACACUCAGAUACAGAUCAAAAGAUGACAAGUCAAGCAUACUGCUCAAAGCCUUCACAGUGGAUUCAACCCUCAUCUUCAAUUUAAUGGACUCAACAACAGAAAAAGUAACAGAUCUCACAGUUAACGUCAGCGACUACAUAGAUGAGGCUAAUCUACAGACUUUUGAAAGUGUGUUUAAGAACCUAGAUGAGUUGACCAAGAAGCUGAAGUCCUCACUGUUGCCAACUGAAAAGGACGAGCGUCAAAGAAAGAUAGAGAAGAAGAGAGAGAGUGAAAGAGCCGCAAAUUCAAGAGACUCAAACAGCGAUCCUCUCCUGAUCCAGCCCAGAGUUCCCCCGACCAGACAUCCACCAAACUGGCCUGACCCGAUGGCUCCAUUUGCUGCAGGAGGUGCUGACCUUGACCCCUUUGGAGGAAGGGCUGGAGGAAUGAUUGUUGACCCAUUACGUGCCGGGUUUCCUCGAUCAGGGUUUGACCCCUCAUCUGGGAUUCCUGGAGUCCUCCCGCCAGGCGCUGUGCCCCCUGGUGCCCGCUUUGACCCCUUUGGUCCAGUUGGACGUCACAGACCUGGGCCAGACCCCGAUCACAUGCCCCCGCCAGGUUAUGAUGACAUGUUCAUGUAGAAUAAAGAAGAUGCACCACUUUUCUGUUGUAGGGAAAAAAGCUUUUUCCAUAACUUUCCAGACUACUCCCUGCCCCACAGGGACAUGCACUUUACAUUUGAUUAAGCCUACUUAAAAAGGUUGUGAUGAAAUUAACACAAAAUCUGUAUUGUUUUGACAAAGCAAGUACAGAUAAUUAUUAUUUUUUUAAUAAUUGAUUUGCAUUUUUCCUGUUUGUUCUUUUAUUAAUAGUGAAAUGGUGAAAUAAACUGCUUUUUGUC